GAUGGGUGAAAGAAAAAGUCCACCGGGCAGCGAAGACAACCGAACGAUACUACAGACGGGUUCGCACGGAAUCCCUCUGCGCACUGAGUCCAAUUUGACCAGUUCGGAACCAUUCCCCUGUACUCGACCCAUCCCCAUCUCACUUUGCCCCCACCUCAAUCACCCAGAGCCAUUAGGAUACACUCAAUCCACAGCCUAAUUGAGCUACCGGGAUUCCUCACGUGCGGAGGCUGAUUUGUACUUUGAACACGUGGCUCAUUCACAGAAGCCGGAAUAUCCGAUUUUUUUCUCCUCUUUCUCCCUCUUCAAUCGUUUUCUCCUCUUCUUCAGUUUUAUUUUAGAGGCGGUGCCGACAUUAACGCAUGUGACAUUUAAGUUGUUUCUGGCUGGAGUCCAGAGGAACACCGUCCCGCCAUCCUCGGGAGAAACGGAUUUAAUAAUUAAGUUUUUUUUUGCGCGAGGGAGAGGGCAAGCAAACGCUACCACGGCCAGCACGUCCAUCAAAUAUCUCCGGUAGUGCGGUCUGAUUGGGGAGUACGCGAACGAGCCCCUCUGCGUUCGGCUUUAGUGCAUUUCGUUUUAAAGACAACCCUUCCGCCAGUACCGACAAAGGAUUUCUCUCCCUCGUGCACUAAAGGUCGGCUUUAAGGUGCAGCAACAUGAACAAGCUUUAUAUUGGCAAUGUGAGCGAGCAGGCCAGCUCCGUGGACUUGGAAAGUAUCUUUGAACAGUGGAAGAUCCCCUUCAGCGGACCAUUUCUUGUUAAAACGGGGUAUGCGUUUGUUGAUUGCCCGGAUGAAAAGAUAGCCAUGAAGGCCAUCGACACACUCUCAGGUAAAGUAGAACUUCACGGAAAGCUACUAGAAGUGGAACACUCUGUGCCCAAACGACAAAGGAGCUGCAAACUACAGAUCAGGAAUAUCCCCCCUCAUAUGCAGUGGGAGGUUCUGGAUGGGAUGUUGGCCCAGCACGGCACAGUAGAGAGCUGUGAACAAGUGAACACAGAGACAGAGACCGCUGUAGUAAACGUGCGCUAUGGAGCCAAGGACCAAGCCAGAACGGCACUGGAGAAGCUGAACGGCUACCUGAUGGAGAACUAUGCGCUGAAGGUCUGCUACAUCCCCGACGAGCUGGCCACGGGUCCUGAGGGGCCUGGCAUGGGGGGUGGUCGGAGAGGCAUGGCCCCCAGGGGGCCCCCUCGAGCAGGCUCCCCCGGCUCCAUGGGCGGAGCGCGCCCUAAGAUGCAGGCCGAUGUGCCGCUCCGGAUCCUGGUGCCCACGCAGUUUGUGGGCGCCAUCAUCGGCAAGGAGGGCGCCACCAUCCGCAACAUCACCAAACAGACACACUCAAAGAUUGACAUCCACCGCAAGGAGAAUGCGGGGGCGGCGGAGAAGCCCAUCACGGUGCACUCCACCCCAGAGGGCUGCAGCAACGCCUGCCGCUCCAUCAUGGAGAUCAUGCAGAAGGAAGCCGUCGACACCAAGUUUACCGAGGAGGUUCCUCUAAAGAUCCUGGCUCACAAUAACUUUGUGGGCCGCUUGAUCGGAAAGGAGGGACGUAACUUGAAGAAGAUUGAGACGGACACACAGACAAAGAUCACCAUCUCGCCUCUUCAGGACCUGACCCUGUAUAACCCAGAGAGGACCAUCACUGUGAAGGGCUCGAUCGAGGCCUGUGCCCAGGCCGAACAGGAGGUCAUGAAGAAGAUCCGAGAGGCCUACGACAACGACAUCGCUGCUAUGAACCUACAGUCUAACCUGAUUCCUGGGCUGAACUUGAAUGCGUUGGGGCUGUUUCCGGGUGGUGCAAGUGGGGGGGUUUCUCCCUCCAUGGCUGCCCCCCCUCCCCCAGCCGGACCUCAGGGAGCCUACCCUGCCUUUGGGUACGGUGUGUAUGGCAAUGACGUGCCUUCCUGGUCCCCUGGUCCAGCAGCAAGUCCCUCCCUGUGUGGGCAGCCUGAGAUGGAGACGGUGUACCUGUUCAUCCCUGCCCUGGCAGUGGGGGCCAUCAUCGGCAAGCAAGGCCAGCACAUCAAGCAGCUCAGCCGAUUCGCCGGCGCCUCCAUCAAGAUUGCACCAGCCGACGGCGCCGAGGCCAAGCAGAGGAUGGUCAUCAUCAGUGGCCCCCCAGAGGCCCAGUUUAAGGCUCAGGGCCGCAUCUUCGGGAAGCUGAAGGAGGAGAACUUCUUUGGCCCCAAAGAGGAGGUGAAGCUGGAGGCCCACAUCAAGGUGCCCUCGUCUGCCGCCGGCAGAGUCAUCGGCAAGGGAGGCAAAACUGUGAACGAGCUCCAGAACCUGUCGAGUGCGGAGGUGGUGGUGCCUCGAGACCAGACGCCAGACGAGGAGGACCAGGUGGUGGUCAAGAUCUCAGGACACUUCUACGCCAGCCAGGUUGCCCAACGGCGUAUCCAGGAGAUCCUCUCUCAGGUGCGGCGGCAGCAGGAGCCUAAACCCGCCCCCUCCGGCCCUUCAUUGGCCAGGAGGAAAUGAAGCUGCGACUUGGAGCACGCUGAUGGGAUGGCCUAGGACACGCCCACCCUGGACUCCCGGUCUAUAGCUCCGCCCACAGAUGUAGAGGUUCUUUUUGUUAUUUGGGUUUUUUUUGUUCUAAAAUGAUCUCAAGAGAAAAAAAAAUACAAGACCGGAAGUCUCUCCACAUUGGUGGAUGUUAGUGCACACGCACACCCUCACUAAAUGUUUCCGUUCUUCUUUUUGCAAAAGAUGUUUCACUUGGAGGAUUUUUGUUUCUUUUUCGUGUGUUUUCUCUGGUUUAUGAAGUGAUUCCUUCUGUUGAGGGCAAAAUGAAUAUCACUGGGUUAAUUGAAUGGGCGUGACCGAAACAGGCUCUGGGCGGAGUCUAUAGCUGAACAGGCGUGAUUAAAAACAUGGAUAGUGGCAUUUUAUAAAUUUGGAUGCAUUUUUAUAUAUAUAUAUGUAUGUACUGGGAGGGCCGAGACAGAGCCAGUGCUGACGCUGAUUAUGGAGUAUGGUGUUGACUCGACGUCAGCAGGCCGGAAAAAACCAAGUUAAUAUGCAUUUUACCUACUUUCAACUACCUCAGCCUAUAGAACCUCAGAGAGAAUAGACUAAUCUAUAUAAAUAUAUAUAUAUGAAAAAUGAUCCUUUCUUUCUUAUUUUUUAUUUUGCUUUGUGGUAUUUUGUAUACUUUAUAAAAAAGAAGCUAAUAGUUCUUGAACAUUUUUAUUUUUUUAAGAAAAAAAACUAAAUGAAACUUUUUGGUCAGCCACCAACUUGCUGGUCCUUCGACUGCCAGGGGUUCCCCAGAUGGGCUUCGUGUGUGCGUGCAGACACGCGUGUGCAUUUCAUGAAAUAACAAUGACACAACAUUUGUAAAUAGAACGCGCGCGUGUGUUGUGUGUGUCUGUGUUUGUGUACGCGUGUGUGUGUGUGCGUGCACGUGUUGCACGUCUGGUGUCGACCGGAGCAUUGGCCUUUUUACUGUUUGGUGGUCGAGUCGAUGGAAAUAUAAUAAUUUAGAAGCAUCACCUUCACACCUCCUGAGCAAACGGCCAUCUUGGAAAAAAACACACUUAAGUCACCAACCGAUGAUCCAUCCGCCCGGAAUAAGACGCAGGGUUCACCCUCUCACAUGGCAGCCAUUGCUCUUUCAUUUCGUUUUUUCCCCCCAAUAGCUUUUCAUUUUUUGGGGUUUCGUCGUUUUUUUUUUCUUUCUUCUGUUGGAUGAAUUGAAAUUGACUUUAUCUGCUGCUUCACUGACUUCACACUGCGUGGGUCGUCAUGGGUUGUUGGACCAGAGGGUGAGUGGGGAGAAAACCUCUGGUAAACCUCCAGCACCACCAGCCCUUUGCUGAUGCCAGUAGCGUUUUCCCCUCCCCACUCCCACUGGUGCCUCCAUCCCCGCUUAGCAGCAGGCGGGACUGGGUAGGACGGGUCUGGAGGCUAGUCCAGCCCCCCCCCAACCCCCCACGGAGUGGACACCCAACACUGAGUUUGAUUGCAUGGUCAAUGGGUUUAGGGAGCCACACUAUAGUCACUAUUAGCCAAACUAUAGUCCAGUUUGUUAGGGUGCGUUUGUGACUGAACACUUCAGCGUGCAGACAGCAUCCGUCAAUAGGGCAACUGGUAAAAAAAAAAAUGAAAUUACUAGACAACUUUUUUAUUUUCUCUUUUUGUUGUUGAUUAUUCUGAAAAUGCCAAAUGGCCGGAAAUAUAGUUAAUUGAUGAUAAAUUCUUAAAAGCAAUGAAAUCAAGUUCUUUUUUUUCUCUCCUCCUGUUUCUUGUGGAAUGUAAGUUCAUGAUUUGAUUGUGGUAAAGAGCUCGCGUGUCUUUUUCUUCCUCCUAACGGAACAACACACUCUACCUCAGCAAGGAGGGGGCGGGUUUGGGUGGGGUUUGGGGGAGGAGUUUAAUAUUAUGGUAGGAGGGGCCUGCAUCAGGUUCGUUACCUGAUUUGGUCCCUCACGACGAUGCCAUUACCUCCAAGGCCUCGCCAACUCGUUACACGAUUUGGUAACACUUCACUUGACGCCGGUGCCACAGGCAUGUCAUUAGUGUCAUAAGACAGUCAUAGAUGUGUCAUA